GUUCACAAGCCGCGCCUCUGCGUGAAGAAUUUUUUAGAGUCAGAUUUAGGCAAAUUGGAUUUCGCUGCUCGUAGAGCGCAUUUGAUCGUUCAGCGGGGCAAGCAGAGGACAUGGCCUACCAUAAUCAGUAUAGACCACCUCAUUAUAACAGCGCGCCGCCGGAUCAGGGCUUUUUGUGGAAUAUAUUUCAGAGGGUAGAUAAAGACAGGAGCGGGGCAAUAUCAGACACAGAGCUUCAGCAGGCAUUAUCAAAUGGAACAUGGACACCUUUCAACCCUGUGACUGUUAGAUCAAUUAUAUCUAUGUUUGAUCGGGAGAACAAAGGCGGGGUUAACUUUAAUGAAUUUGCCGGCGUUUGGAAGUACAUCUCAGACUGGCAGAACAUCUUCCGCACCUACGACAAGGACAACUCAGGGUUUAUCGACAAGAACGAGCUCAAACAGGCUCUCACCGGCUUUGAGGUUAACUGACGUCUUCCGGCGGUAUGACACCGAUCAGGACGGUUGGAUCCAGGUGUCAUACGAGCAGUAUCUCUCAAUGGUCUUCAACGUGGUAUAGCACAACAAAAGCACACCUGCACUCUCCUGUGCCAAACAACAAAUGUCCCUCCCCAUGCAGUCUGUAGCAGAGACUAGUCAACACUACCCUCUACAGGACAACACGGGGAUGGGAUCUUUAUGACUCUUCAUUCCAUUUAUCUGUUAGUAGUUAUAUCAUAUUUCUUUAUUACCUUAACUAUUCUUAUUGAAAGAAUUAUGGAAUAUCACUCUCUCUGUGUUUAAGGAAUGUUGACAUUGUGAAAAUCAUAUUACGUCUCAGUUGCAUGCUUUCUGAUAAACCUCCUUAAUGUCAAAGCAUGAACUAAUGUUUCUUUUUGUGGCUGAAUUCAUGUUUACAACGAAAUACUGUGAGAGCAGGUUGUGUUUCGCCAUAAGAUCCUUUUAUUUGGAUUGACUGUCAGCUCUUCCAUAUAUUUGUAAAGAAUUCUAUUUUUAAGCUGCACAAUGUAAUUCAACCUUUUAUUUUAGGAAGGACAUAUGCUUUUGUAUGCCUUUUUCAUGCAUGAUGCCUUACAACUGUUAAAAUAACAAAAAAAGAUAACUGUUUUAUUAAAAACUGGAACCUGUUUGAAAA